UCGGUUUUUCUAAUAAAAAAAAUCAGUUUCAUAAAUGUGCUUGUGCUUAUAACAUUGAAAAUCCUGCCGUUCAGUGAAAAAAUCUUAAAGAAUCAUUGAAGCACCAUGGAACCUUCGCCAAACAACGUGUUCGACAAGCUGCAGCUCUUGAAAGGCAAGGAGGAUCACAAAUGGAUGGCCACAAAGCCCAUGAAGGCUGCCUUGAAAGCCAAUGGAAGACCACUGUAUCGCUCCAGCUACAAGAAAGUCAGAAUGGUUACUCGUGUCAAGGAGUAUCAAGUUUUUAUCAUCGACCAGGGCAGCAGCAAGAAGUUUGUGGUUAAGGACCUGAAUUUCUUUAUUCAUUUGAUGGAUUCUCUUAACUGUUUCGACAAUUCCUAUUUGAUCAGCCGCACAGAAAGAAAACUGAUCAUUUUCGGGGCUCCCAAUCCGCUGGUUGACAUGAACCAUUUCAAGACUCUCAAGGGUCUAUUGAUGAAGUUCCUAUCGUUUUUCAUAACACCGCCGAUGGAACGCUACCUGUUCUAUUAUCCCGAGAAGCCACCGGGCGAUAACCGAGUCUGGUGCAUUUGCCACCGUUUCCCACUAAGAAUUGGCAUGGUCUGCAGUUACUGCUAUACAGUUUACUGUAAUUAUCAGUACGUUUGCGCACACUGCCGGUUAGUAUUCCCGUUCCCGUUCACGUUCCCCAUUUGUUUUAAUUCGAACUUGAAUUGUUUCUAGUACCUGUUUCAAGACUUUGGGCUCUAAUAUGCGUCGCAAUUAGACGUUACAGUAUUAUUUUAAACAUGUAUUAUACCGGGGCAUAAAAACAAAUAAAGGAAAUCAAU